AUGAAUAUCAAUCAAAAUUAUUCACCGCAACUUAUUCCAAUAACUUUAUCCAAAUCUUUACAUCUUCCUCCUAAUACCAAUCGUACAGCUAAAGUUUCCAUUCCUAUUUCGUCUAUUAGUUCACCAUUUAUUCCUCAUCAACACUUUAUACUAAAUAGUGCUUUAUAUAUUCCACAUAAACUUCUUCAAUUUUACAAUCAUUUUUCUACUAUAACAUUAUCUAAUACAACUCUUUAUCCACAAUUCGUUACUAAAGGCGUUUGUAUUGGAUUCUUAUGUUCUUAUAUCGUUCAACAACGAAAUAUCCACACGUCGAUUCCAACGACUAAAUCACGUGGUGCCGUCAAAUCUUUUGGCGAGAUGCCAGUCUCUCUUGACUUAGUCAUGGAUCAAUCGACUACUCAUUAUUCGAACAACUCUUCGAAAUAUUUUCCAAUACACAACCAGUAUAAUACUGAUGUCAUUACAAAUCCCACUACUUGUUAUACAAUUCCUUCGAUACACCCACAGGUUGAUAAAGAUAUUCGCGAAUUAGCUACCAAACUACAACAUAACCAAUAUCAUGAUGCUCUUCUCGCACUUUUAUCCCGUUUCCAUCGAAUUUUUAAUACAACUGAACAUAAUAUUGCUGAUACACCCAUUCAUCAUGUUAUUAAUACAAUCCCACAUACACCCCCAGCUUGCAAACCAUAUCCACAACCAGA